UCAGUCAGGCAUGUCAGGUGGAGAUUGUUUUAUUUACUUUUCUUCUUUGAUGGUUACAAACACAUUGUACCUUUUCAGCUAAUUUUCAUAAUUCAAAACUAAGUUGCCUGUACAAUUCAAUACGACAAUAUUAACUAAGCCUAACUGGAUUAUUUAGCAAGCUAUUUAAAAUGGACGUCGACGUACAAGAAGGUACAUCAAAUUCAUCUGUUUUGCCACUUCCUCCUCAAGGAUGGAGUAAAGAAGACAAAUAUUGUUUUUUGCAAGCUCUUAAAUGCAGCAAUUCCAGUUCAGCUGACGAAAUCAUAACUUUUUUUCCUUCAAAAUCACCAGAAGAAAUAGAAGAAAUGAUUAAUUACUACAAGAAGAGAGUUGCAAUGCAAACCCAAGCGAAUAUCAAAAUUCCCACUGCAAAGAAAACAUUAAAAAAGAUUCCACGUGCCCCCAUAGCCAAGUGGGCUAAACUUCUCACAGAUUCAUUAUCUUGUAAGGAGUUGGAGACAGAAACUUCAACUGCUCUUCGUUUAAUUGCAGAGUUUGAGAGUAUACCUACAUCAUCAAGUACUGGCACAGUCGAUUUUAAAGGUGUUUAUCAUACUAUUGCUAAUGCAAUGGAAGGGAAAAUAUUGACAGAGGAUAAAACAAUAAUUGCAAUAUUAGAAAAAUGUAUACUUGAAACUGCAUUUUCAGGAAAAGCAUUUAUUAGGAGAAGUGCAUUGCGAAAUGUUAUAAACGCUGUUAACUUGUCUGACAAAGAAAUUCAUGUAUUUCCUAGACCUACAGAAAAUCAUGAGUUAGCAGCUCUUAGACAUUUGAGUUCACAGCGUAAAUAUAAUCCAUUAAAAGUUCCUGAUACUUUUCUAAAGCCUUCCUUCCAACACGACAGAAAUGUAUUUAUAAUUGAAGAAAAUGAGGAAGAGCGGCAAUUUUUUUUGAAAAUGUUAAAUAAAGCAACAAAGAACUCAAAAUCUGAGAAUUAAAAAAGUUGUUGAACUUCUUGUUGUCAUUUUACUGAAUACUGAAUGGUGAAAUAAUUACUAAUGUUAUGUUUAAGAUCUUAUCUUUAAAAUAAAGCAUGCUGUGACAUGACAGGUAUUUAUAAGUAUUGCAUUUGAGAAUAUGAAUAAAUGUUGCAGUAAUCUAUUUAAUACUUUUUAUUUAUCUAAGUAUGUAGGUACCCCAAUAAUAUUAAUUUCACAAAACUUAUGAACCUGUACUAUUAUUGUGCACUGCCCUUUGCUGUCUUUCUUGCUGGUAUGAGAGAUAGCUAGCAACCAAUAGACUUGAUGAGAUUUUUAUUAUAUUUAAGUUAGAAUAAAAGGCUACUUUACAAUAAAUAUAGGUAAGUACACAUUUAUUGCUUACAUUUUAAAGUCGAAUCCUAUCACCUAUUCAUGAUAAGACCUAAAGUUUAAUUUUAACAACAACAUUUUUUUACAUUAUUUUCACUGAUUACUUAUUAUUUGUCUUAAGCUGACUGUAACUACUAGGUUACUCUUAGACCUUAUGGGUCAUAAAACAGGUCAUGAAGUUAAGAACAUUAUAAAUCUAAAUCUUUUUAGGGGAAAGUGAAGUUAUUUAUGUUUUGUUGUGUAAUGGUAGUAGAGAUAAAUGUGCAAACUUCACAAAGCCACAAUUAAAAAUUAAAUAAAGGUUUGGGAGUACAUAUAGUGAAAAUUAAUAAUCACCUAUUGUCGUAAGUUAAAGUAAUUUUAUUAUUUGACUAUUUACAAAGCAUUAACCAUUUAACCAUUCAAUGAAGCGACUGAAGAGUUUGACUGCGAUACUGACGACUCGGUCCCAGAAGCUUGGUUCGUCUUGCGCAUCCUCGCUUUGUGCUGUGGGGUAGUCGUCUGUGUCAAAUGUUUCAACCUGCCUCUUUUCCCUCAUUAACUCAUUCACA